ACAGUAACAAGGAUGUAAACUGCUGCUGCAGAGCAGUAUGACUGGAGCUGAUAAAGAUAUGAUAUCAAUUAUAUAAUUAUAUUAUCUGAGAUCUGAUUUAUUACUGAAUAAUGGCCGAAUCUCCAGACAGCCGCAGUCUUGUGUCUGCGUCCUCACAGCUCAAUUUAAUGGAAAUAGAGGCGAUUGAUGAUAAGGAGUUUGACAUUCCUCAAGUGGACACUCCUCCGACUCUAGAGAGCAUCCUGAAUGAGCCUGAAGAUGAGGAUGAGCCAUUUAUUUUAGAGGAUACGUGUCUCCUGAACACAGAGAACAUUGAUACCCACUCGUGUGAAACCUCCUCUCUGGCCAGCUCUGACAGUGGUGACCGCACACACCUGAAGAGGAGGAGGAAAGCUAUGGAAACUAACGCUACAGUACACGGAUCCGUCCUUAGAUGCAAUGUACUGAAAGGCAUCUCGGCCCAGAUAGUAUCUGCUGCGGAUAAAGUUGAUGCAGGCUUGCCAACGGCAAUAACUGUUUCCAGUGUGAUAGCCGUGGGGACGUCGCAUGGUCUGGCCUUAGUAUUUGAUCAGAACCAGGCCCUGCGGCUGUGUCUGGGCACCACAGCAACUGGAGCAGAGUACGGGGCAGUGUCAGCUCUCAGUAUUAAUCAUGACUGCUCACGACUGCUCUGUGGCUUUGCUAAAGGACAGAUCACCAUGUGGGAUCUGGCCAAUGGUAAACUGCUUCGAACUAUCACAGAUGCCCACCCACCUGGCACUGCAAUCCUACAUGUCAAGUUCACUGACAACCCAACAUUAGCUGUGUGUAAUGAUAGUGGGGGAUCAGUGUUUGAACUGUCAUUCAGGAGGGUGAUGGGGAUGAGGACAUGUGAAUCCAGGUGUUUAUUCAGUGGUUCUAAAGGAGAGGUUUGCUGUGUGGAGCCUCUUCAUGCUGGACCUGAACUGAAAGAACAUCCCAUCACUCAGUACUCCCUGCUGGCCAUGGCCUCACUCACCAAGAUACUGCUGAUAGGGCUGAAGCCUUCACUCAAAGUCUGGAUGACUUUUCCCUACGGCAAGACGGAUCCUGGCAGUAUCCCCUUGUUGGCUUGGCAUUUUGUGGCAGUGCAGAAAGCAGUCAACCCUGUUCUGGCCUUCUGCAGAGGAGACACCAUCCACUUCCUUCUGGUUAAAAAGGAUGAUUCUGGGACCAUACAUGUUAUAAAACAGCGACAACUCCAACUCAACUGUGACCUCAUCAGUCUGAGCUGGAUAAACCCCCGUACAUUGGUGUUAAUGGACAGCACAGAGAAGCUGCGUGUGGUGGACAGACCCAGUCAGGACGAGCUGGAGACAGUGGAUGUGGCCGAGCUUCAGCUGGUUUACAAUAGCAGCCAUUUUAAAUCCCUCGCCACCGGAGGAAAUGUCAGCCAAGCCUUGGCUCUAGUUGGAGAGAAGGCAUGUUACCAGUCUGUGUGCAGCUAUGCAGGCCAGAUUAUUUAUCUAGGAACGAAGUCUGUGCAUAUCAUGACACUGAGGAACUGGCGUGAGCGUGUGGACCAUCUGCUGAAACAGGAGAAGUUCAUGGAGGCUCUCUCUCUGGCUUGGUCCUUCCACGAGGGCACUGCCAAAGCUGUGCUAGCAUAUUGCAAAGGAUACAGAUGGACUACUAAGGCUACAUCUUCAAACUACCACUUCAAAAACUGUUUAUUUGCAGACCCUGCUAAGAGAAAAGGUGUGGUUGCAGACAAGAUGGUGGAGAUUUUGUUACAGUAUGUGGACUGCUCUCUGAAAAAGUGUCCAGAGCAAGGAAAGAUACAGGUGAUGGAGCAGCACUUCCAGGACAUGGUUCCUGUCAUGGUGAAUUACUGUCUCCUCCUACAGAGGACGUUUUUGCCAGGGAGGACACGGGGAACCAGGUUUCUUUCACUCAGGGACCUGCUGUUUAAUCAGAUUUACCCUCGACUGGUGGAGAACUCUGUGGCCAAAGGCGUAUUUCUGGAGAGUUUGGAGCCCUACAUUCUGAGUGAGCGGAUUGGAUGUCUGACUGCGCCCGUCAUGAGAGACCUCCUAAGCUACUUCCAGGAGAACGGCAUGAUGGAGAGUGUGGAGGGAUGCCUGGUCCACAUGGACAUCACCAACCUGGACAUACAACAGGUGGUGCAGAUGUGCUGGGAUAACCAACUGUAUGACGCCAUGAUUUACGUCUUCAACAGUGGCAUGAAUGACUAUAUCAGCCCCAUGGAGAAACUCUUGCAGGUGAUUGGUCCUCCUCUUCGUGACGAAAAGCCUCUUACAGAUGAGCAUGUUGUGAUGGGAAAUAAACUGCUGGUGUACAUCAGCUGUUGUUUGGCAGGACGGGCCUAUCCUUUGGGGGACAUUCCUGAAGAUCUGGUCCCUCAGGUGAAAAAUCAGGUGUUUGAGUUCCUCAUCUGUCUACACACAGUGGAGGCUGAACAGGAAGAGGAAGUGUAUCCCUACAUCCGAACUCUCCUCCACUUCGACACUCGAGAGUUCCUCAAUGUCCUGGCAUUGACAUUUGAGGACUUCAAGAAUGACAAACAGGCUCUGGAAUAUCAGCAAAGGAUUGUGGACAUUUUACUGAAGGUCAUGGUGGACAAUUCUGACUUCACACCGUCUCAGGUCGGCUGUCUUUUUACCUUCCUGGCACGCCAGCUCGCUAAACCUGAUAACACCCUCUUUGUUAACCGGAAGCUGUUUGACCAGGUUCUGGAGUUCCUGUGUAGUCCAGAUGAUGACUCUAGACAUACAGAAAGACAGCAGGUACUUCUGGAGCUGCUGCAGGUUGGGGGUGUGGUCCAGUUUGAUGAGGGGCGUCUCCUCGACCUUGCAGAGAAGGCGGAGUUUUAUCAAAUCUGCGAGUUUAUGUAUGACAAAAAGCACCAUUUUGACAAAAUCGUCGAUUGCUACCUCAAAGACCCUUUGAGAAAGGAGGAGCUCUUCAACUACAUCCAUAAUAUCCUGUCCAUGCCGGGCUACAGCCCAGAGGAGAAACAGUGUGUUUGGGUCAAAACCCUUCAACACGUCAAGGAUCUUGUCAGCAUCAACUCAUCUAAGGCAGCAGAGUUGGUAGCAGUGCACUUUGCAGACGAGGUGCAGUCUAUCAUCGCAACUCUGCAGGAUGACUAUUUGAUAUUCCAGUUUCUGAAGUGCCUCCUGGACCCCAGCUCCAGAGAAGGCCUGAAUCCAAAGGCUGUGCUUAAACUGGGCCCAGAUCUUCAUGAGCUCUUAGUGGACCUAAUGUGUCAGUUAAGUCCUCAGCAGGUCACAGCCUUCCUUAAGACCUCUCAAGACUACCGACUGGAGGAGGCCAUCCAGAUCACAGAGAAACACAAGCUGCAUGAACCCACAGCCUAUCUGCUGGAGAAGAAGGGAGAUGUACAGGGAGCCUUUGAAGUGCUGCUGCAGACCCUGAAGGGCAAACUCCACAAACUUGCUCUAGAGGGCUCACAGGCUGACAGACCCAACAUUGAGGAGGAGGAGACAGGUGAUGAAGUGCAGAGUCCAUUGCAAAGAGUGGAGGAAGCUCUGCGUGACAUCAUUGCUUUGUGUCAGAGGAGCUCGCACGGCCUCAACCAGCAGCAGAGAGAGGCUCUGUGGUUUCCUCUCCUAGAGGCAAUGAUGUCACCACAGAAACUACUCAAAGGUCCUGAUGCCAAAUACACUUCAGAUGCACUAAAAGAGCUUACCAUGAAAGUCUUAAACAGCAUGUCUAGCUUCAUCACCCCACCUGCCAUCAUUCAGCGUAUCCUGCAGGACCCUGUAUAUGGGAAAGGAAAGUUGGCUGAGAUCCAGGGUCUAAUUUUAGGAAUGCUAGAGACCUUCAACUACGAACAGACUCUCUUGAGCCAGACCACCUAUCAAUCAACCACUGAGCAAAAACGAGAGUUUUAAACUUUGCCUGUUAUGUGCGGAUUAAAAAGGAAAUAACCGUUCGAUCUGAAAAACCAGAGAACUUUAUGUUCGAUCUGAAAAACCAGAGAACUUUAUGUAUCUUCUUCUGUGUAUCUGAUAUCAAUAUGCAAUGACACAGAUGAGAAGCACACAUAUAUGAAGCUCAGCUUACACAGGUACUCCACUAAAACAACGGAUUAUUCUGCUCGAAAUUUCAACAGCAUCUGGAAGAAACAGCACUCUGGUUUUGUUUGUGCUUUCCUGGUCUUUUCUGAUUUUUUUGCAGUUUACUAUGCUGUAACACAAAAACAUGGUGAUUAAUUUAUGUCGUCAUGAAAUCAGAGACCCUCGCCUCGAAAUCCAAACACAAGUGGUCACAGGAGACUGAAUUGAGACAUGGGUCUAUCUCAUUUCUUUUCAAUUCAUUUUAUCCCAACCUUUACAAAAACAUUCGAUGGUAUUACCAUAGUUUUUGGACAUGGUACCAUAAUGAUACCAUGUUAUUUGAUGCGUACCCUGAUUAUACCAUUAAUUAUUUUUGUACAUGCACCAUGGUAAUGCCAUGAAAUUUUUCGAAGUAUCAUGGAAUACCAUACUAUAAAUACUAUAAUAUGGUAAUGUGGUAAUCAUUCAGUACCACAGUAUGUAUAAAAGUACUAUGGUAUUGCCAUCUGAUGCAUAACUGCACCAUAGUACCACCACAGCGCUUGGGUAUAAUACAGGUUCUGUGAGGUGUCAAGCUGAUGCACAGUCUAACUCACAAGAUGAAUUAUUUAAUAUGUCCAUACAGUAGAGAUACUCAUAGUGCAUUAUUAAUCUCUCGCUCUCUCUCUCUCAUUAAUUAACUUGCACUCUUGCUGGUUUAGGACAGUGGCAUAGAGAGAUACAGCAUUUAGCCCUGUUAAAUUAAAAUAAGAUUCUUUCAUUAUGCACACACAGCUUAUGCUACCAGCAUCAACUCUUCAUAGUGUGUUCUGUGAUAGUUUGAAUGAGAUGUGGAGGUCUGCUCUUCCUUUCUUUAUUGAGUGGUGGAGAUAAAUACAUGGAAGCUUCAGGUCUCUCUGCCUGACAUUGCACAUAAACUGGGCAUCCAAGUUGAAAGGAUCUGUUAAGGUUUUUUUUAAUAUUCAUAAAAAUAAAGUGAUUGGUCUGAUGGCUAACAUAUACACAUGGACCUAAAUACCUAAUUUCUUCCUUUUAUACCCAAUUUCCCAAACACAUCAGUUAGAUGACACAAUGCAUCCUACAUUUUGAAACCAUUAUUUUCUAUGAAUGUACUGUAUGCCAACUCGGCGGGGACGAGCUAUGAAUCAUGAGGCUGCUCAAAAUGUUACCAUGCCAAUCACAUAGUUUUCCAAUUAAUUACAUUAAAUUCAUCCCAAAUUGUUAUCAAGGAACAUAGAUUAUUGACUUCAGGCUAGAAGAUACAUUGUGUAUAAGCAAUUUUUUUGUAACAAAUUUGUCUUUGUAUGGUUUGACAGCUUGAAUAAAGCCUAGGCAACAUAUUGUGAAAUUGCAUAAUAAACGUUGCCCUUUCUAAUCUUUGAGUUUGCUCCGUUGCACCAGUUGUUUCAUACACCAACCUGCAAACUCAACAUCCAUUUGUUAAUUCUUGAAGAAGUGCAAAAACCUUUGUAUGUAACUUUUGUCUGUAUGGUGAUUAGAUUCACUGUUUUUGGACUGCCACCUCUUUGCACUGCACUGGUACGCUCUGUGUGCUAUACCUGCGCCUUGUGCUACCUUUGAUGUGCCACAGCAUGUCAGAACAGCAGGUUUUAGGGGCCAGUUCAGAACCAAUUUUUCCAGCUUGAAAGUGCUUUUUCUGUGGUGGAAAUGCACAGUACAUUUCCAGACUGGACCCUGUUGAUGGAAAAGGAUGUGACUCCAUACAGCAUAACUAUCAAUCUUUACUGCUAAACGUAACUAAUUCCAGCUUUCCCUCACAGCUGUUUUAAUCAGGUCAGUUAGAGGUGGAGUGUUAUGUGAACUCAUUAAUGGCUGUUUCUUCAUAAAUUAGCAAGCACAUAAUUGAACGAGCUUUCUGGACUUUCCACGUCCCCUAAUGGUUAUCAGUACAGUUUUACUUUGUGAACAACUCCACAAUAAUUACUUUCCCUUGUCUUAAGCCCUCACAGAACCUCUUUUAAACUUUUUUUUUAUUA